AUGCCCGCCUUCCCUCCCUUCUCCUCCACCUCUUCGCCCUCUCCCGACCAAGAAUCCCUCACCUCGCUCCCUCCUCGACUCGCCAUUCGACACCGUUCUCUACCAGACUUUCAAAGCCACGAGCCCCCUCUUCCGCCUCUUCCAGCCGACCGACGAUGGAGCGCCAUGUCGGACGCCUCGUCCGACCUCGGCGGUCACUCCUUCGCCGAGCUGCUCAGCCGCGACACCCUCCAGAGCUUCAUCGUGCCCUCCGUACACCAACCACAAGAUGCUGAGUCGGCGAGACAAGACGAUCGAUUCGAGGAGGAGCAAAUCCAGCUGGGCGAGAGGUUGUUGGCGAUUCCGGGUGCAGACUUUGCUGUUGCAGGUCCCGAUGCGUACCUCCUCCUGCAAGAACUGCACCGCGCCCGCAUCAGCCGCGCGCAGAAGACGCGCCGUCCAACCCUCCUCACGCCCGUCACGCUCACGUCCGCCUUCCUAUCCUCAAUACUUCACCUGCUCCUCGCCUUCGCCAACCUGAUUCUUUCCUUCGUCUGGCGAGGCGACCUCGGCCUGCGAUGCUCGUGGGGUACGGACGUCGCGUGGACCGCCGGGCGGAAAGGGGUUUUCUGCGCUGACGGAAGCUGGAAAGGCUGGACUUUCGCGGCGACGAUCCGCCUGCUCCUCACAAUCUUGGUCGUCGUCGCCUGGUUCCUCCUCCUUCGUUCGUACGCCCGCGCCCUGCACACUCCGUCGAUCAUCUCUCCCUCCCAGAUACCCUCAGCCGAACUACAAGCUCUCCUCGAUACCCACACCGCGACGAUCGUUCCGCUCUCCUCCCCGUUCGACCCUUCUCACGGCGGACCUCUCGCUCGACUUGACAGCAACCACCUCCCCGAGAUGCCCGACCGCGCGACACACUACAUCUACGCCUCCGACUCGGCAUGGAGCUACGAUCCCGAGCAUCAUCGACAGGCGUCGGCGGGAGCGUCGUCAGGUAGUCGGGCGAGUCGAGCGGUCGGAGGAACGCUCGAGACUGCUGCAGUGUGGCUGAGAGCGCAGGUCUGGCGCGGGGUCGGUUGGCUCAUGGGUGCGGGGAGGAGCGGAGCGGACUUGCAGCGAGACGAGGAGGAAGAAGGAAGGGAGGAGGAGGAGAAGGACGAUGGAGAUAGUCAGGGUCGCCCUGGCGUCAGUCAUGCGCACGAACGGCUUCCUCACGGCGCUCUUCACGCUCCUACCCAUCCGACCUCUCCGCCUACAGUCCUCGACAAUCAGCCUCGGCGCCCUCUGCCCGCCGCACCAGCAGAUCAUGACUACGCUUCCCUCUUCCGCGAUGUCUCUCGCCCACCAUCCGCUCGCAACGAUCAUACCUCGAAUCGCGACUCGACUUCGUCUGCCUCGCCCCUAUUGGGCCGCUCUAUCCCAGCCGACGAAGACUACGAAGUUCUCGACGAUUCACCUCCUCCUCCUCCACCGAAGGACGGCUUCAUACUCGAACGCUCGCAGGGACCGAUCGUCUACGUGCGCAUGUCCGACGGCAGGCUCGUGCGGCGACUCUCGACUAUCGCCAGCGAGAGCGAGGGAACGGCGAGGCGCAGCAGGAGCAAUUUGACAAGUAGCUAG